AUGAACAUAUACAAAAACAUAAAAAAUAAAAUCAAUAAAAAAGAUAAAAUUAAAAAAAGUGAUGAUUCAUAUGAUAAUAAUAAUAAUAAUAAUAAUAAUAAUAAUAAUAAUAAUAAUAAUAAUAAUAAUAAUAAUAAUAAUAAUACAAUCAAAGAUAAAGUAAUAAUAAAUUCUGAAAAUUUAGAAUUAGAAGAAAUUACCAAUAGUAUUGAUAAUAAUAAUGAUAAUAAUGAUAAUAAUAAUAAUAAUAUUGAUAAUAGUGAAAAAUUUAAAGAAAUUUAUUUUAAAAAUGAAAUUAUUAGAAAUCAAAUUCAAUAUCAUUUAAAAUUAUAUAAUAUUCAUUUCCAUCAAAGGGAAUUUACAUUACAUGAAUUAAAGAAUUAUCGAUAUAAAGAUUACCUAAGAUCAAUAUUAAUAAAGACAGAUAAAGCAAUAUCAUGUCCACAAUUUUUAGAUGAUAGUAAUGGAGAGAUAACAGCUAAUAAUUUAUCAUUACUAAUAAAAUAUGUACCAACCAUAGAAUCAAUUGAAUUUAGUUCAAAAUUCAAUUCAACAAUAGCACCAUUAAAUGAUAGUGAUGGACAAUCAGUAUUUUCAAAAUUAGAGAAUUUAAAAUCCAUUAAAUUUGGUAAACAUUUUCAAAAGAAAAUCAACAACAACAACAACAACAACAACAACAACAACAACAACAACAACAACAACAACAACAACAACAACAACAACAACAACAACAACAAGAACAACAACAACCACGACAAUUUAUUAUUACCAAAAAAUAAUAAAAAUUUUAAAACUUUAUUAUUCAAUGAAUCGACGUAUAAUCAAAUUAUUGAAACUAAUUCAUUACCAAAAACAAUUGAAACAUUAUCAAUGGGAUCAAAUGGUAAUCAUAGGAUACAAGAAGGAGCAAUACCAAAAUCAGUUAAACAUUUAAUCAUUGGUAAUGAUUAUAAUCAUAAAUUAAAAGUUAAUCAAUUGCCAUCAUCAUCGUUGGAAUCAUUAUCAUUAGGCACACAUUUUAAUAGUGAGAUUAUGAUUGGAUCACUACCAAUUACUUUAAAAUCAUUAAUUUUUAAUAACGAAUUCAAUCAAAAAAUUAAAUUAAAUCAAUUACCAAAUUCAAUAACCUUUUUAGAAUUUUCAUUUCAUUUUAAUCAUACAUUUGAAAUUAAAUAUAAUAAAAAGGGUAAUCAAGUUGGUGAUGAUAGUGAUAGUGAUGAUGAUGAUGAUAAUGAUAGUGAUGAUAUAACUGAAGAAUCUGAAGAAUCACAAGAAUCUGAAAAUAAUAAUAAUAAUAAUAGUAAACCAAAAACUUGGUUACCAAAUAAUUUAAAAACAUUAAUAUUAGGUUAUAAAUAUAAUAAAAAGAUUAGAAAAGGAAUUUUACCAGAUAGUUUAACUCAUUUAAGUAUGGGUUUUACUUGGAAUCAUAAAAUUGGUAAACGUUGUUUACCAUUAGGUUUAAAGAAAUUAAUUUUAUCAUCAAAUUUUAAUCAUACUUUAAAAAUUGGUUCAUUACCUCCAUUUUUAGAAUAUUUAGAUAUGGGUCAACAAUUUAAUCAACCAUUUAAUAUCAAUAUUUUACCAAAUUCUUUAACAUUUUUAAAAUUUAGUAAUACUUUUAAUCAACCAAUAGAGAUUAGUAAUGAUAAUAAUAAUUUAUAUCCAAAAUCAUUAAAAACAUUACAAUUUGGUAUAUUAUUUACAAAAGCAUUAAAUUUAAAUUUAUUGCCAAAGUCAUUAGAAACUUUAAUAAUUGCUCAUACUAAUUUUAUUGGUGGUGGUGGUGAUAAUGAAAAUUUAAUAAAUUUACAUUUAUUACCAUUAAAGAGAAGAAUUGAAAUUGGAGAGAUACCAAAAUCAAUUAAAUAUUUAAAGAUUGAUAAUAUAUCAUUUGAUUUAUUACCAUCAUCAAUACCAUCAACAAUUGAAAUAUUAGAAUUUGGUACUUAUUUCAAUAGAGAGAUUAAUGAACAAUCAUUUGAAAUUGGUUCAAAAUUAAAGCAAUUGAAAUUUGGUUACUUUUUUAAUCAACCAAUUCAACCAAAUACAAUUCCAUUAUCAGUUACAACUUUUGAAUGUGGUUUAAGAUUUAAUCAACAUUUAACUAGAGAUUGCUCAAUUUUACCAAAUAAUUUAACAACUUUAAUAUUAAAUGAUUCAAAUCCAAUAAUUAAUUUCGAUUUAUUACCAAAAUCUUUAACAAAUUUAUCAAUUAAUAAUACAAAUCAUAUAUUAUUAAAUAGUUUAAAUAUUGAUAAAUUUUUAAAUAUUUUAAAAAUAAAAAAUAAAUAA